CCCACCAACACUUUUAACACAGAGCCAGAUGGCACUUGAAUCCUCCACGUUGCACUCCUCUACAGUUUGGUUUCCCGCUAAUGACGUGGCAACCAUCAUCUCUUAAUCUCUUAUUUAAUUACUUUUUUUCUCUAAUGACUUCAUAAAUACCAUAGAUUAUUCUUUUUUUAAAAAAAAUAUUUUUUUUUCAACUUUACCAAAAUAAUAAAAAUACAAAAAUAUAAAAUCUCCUCUAAUAUUAUUAACCCUCUUGGACCCACCACCCAAAUUUAAAUUAAUAAAUAGACCCCUCCUCUUCAUUUCCUCACUUCUCUACAUCUUCCCUUCAUAAACUCUCUCUCUCUCUAAAUACUACAACUUAACACAAACUUUCUCUCUCUAGAAAAAUAUUUGAACCAAACCAAACAAGCCCUAAGAAAAAAAAAAUGUCAGUAUUUUAUGAAAACAAACCCCCAAACCAAAUCAAUGGCAAUACGCAAACACAAUGUCAUGAUUUCCAAAGUCAAUCACCAUCUUUAUUAUGCUCUUCUUAUCCUAUCACUCUCAAGUUUAUGGACAUAAGCUACAAGGUGAAGGUUGAAUCAAAUGAAGGGGGAAGUAACAUCAAAUCAUUGAUUUGUGGCCGGGGUAGCUCAACAACAUCAUCAUCAUCCGAGACAGCAAUGACAACCACAACGAUUCAAGAAAGAACGAUCUUGAACGAAAUAACCGGAAUAGCGUCACCAGGAGAGAUCGUAGCCGUGCUAGGACCAUCAGGGAGCGGGAAAUCAACGCUCCUAAAUGCACUCGCAGGAAGAAUCCGUGGACACGCACUCACCGGAUCAAUCCUAGCGAAUGACAAAAAACUCACAAAACAAAUUCAAAAACGAACCGGAUUUGUAACCCAAGACGACGUGCUCUACCCUCACCUUACAGUCCGAGAAACACUCCUCUACUGCGCACUCCUUCGCUUACCAAACACCCUCACCAAAAACGACAAAAUCAACGUCGUUGAGUCUGUUAUGGGAGAGCUAGGAUUGCAUAAGUGCGGGGACACCAUAAUAGGGAACACAUUCAUACGUGGGGUCUCGGGGGGCGAGAGAAAGCGCGUGUGCAUCGCACAUGAGAUGCUUGUGAACCCGAGUUUAUUAAUUUUAGAUGAGCCUACUUCUGGUUUAGACUCAACCGCGGCUCAUCGGUUGGUCUUAACCUUACAAGGGUUGGCUAGGAAAGGUGGGAAAACAAUUAUUACUUCGGUUCACCAGCCUUCGAGCCGGGUUUACCAAAUGUUCGACUCGGUUCUUGUGUUGUGUGAUGGUAGACCGAUUUAUUUCGGGAAGGGUCAUGACUCGAUGUCGUAUUUUCAGUCGGUUGGGUUCGAGCCGUCUUUUCCUAUGAACCCCGCGGAUUUUCUCCUUGAUCUCGCUAAUGGUAUUUCUCAUCAACCGGAUGGAGUAAACGAGAGUAAUAAGCCAAAUACAAAGCAAGCACUUGUUACAGCAUACAACACGGUAUUAGCUCCUAGAGUAAAAACAGCCUGCUUAGACAAUACAAGCAAUAACAAGAACACUUUGCCAAAAAACACAGUUGUUGGUAGUAGAAGAAGCGCAAGGCAAUACAUAAAAAACGGCAUUUUCUCAUGGUUCAGCCAGUUUAGCAUCCUUCUCCAAAGGAGCCUAAAAGAGCGAAGGCACGAGUCUUUUAACUCCCUUAGAGUCUCUCAGGUAAUCGCGGCUGCACUUCUAGCAGGGAUUAUGUGGUGGAAAUCAGACUAUCGAGAUGUACAAGAUAGGUUAGGGUUGCUCUACUUCAUCUCGAUUUUUUGGGGGGUGUUUCCUUCUUUUAAUGCUGUCUUCGCGUUCCCUCAAGACCGGUCUAUCUUUGCUAAGGAGCGUGCCUCUGGAAUGUACUCGUUGUCUUCGUACUUCAUGGCUCGAAUCAUAGGUGAUCUACCCUUGGAGCUUAUUCUACCGUCAAUUUUUCUUACAUUGGUGUAUUGGAUGACUGGCUUAAGGCCUGAACUUUGGACCUUUCUACAGUCCUUGGGUGUUAUUAUAGGGUAUGUGCUCGUUGCACAAGGCCUUGGGCUUGCUCUAGGCGCGAUUAUAAUGGAUGCCAAACGAGCUUCUACGAUUGUUACAAUCAUUAUGCUGGCUUGUGUUUUGACUGGAGGAUUCUAUGUGCAUAAAUUGCCUAGGUGUUUGGGUUGGAUUAAGUAUGCAUCACUUACAUUUUAUUGCUAUCGUCUACUGAUCGAUGUGCAAUAUGAUGGGGGAGAAAGAAUUUCGUCGUUCUUUGGUUGCUCGAGCCAUCAUUCGAUUAAUGUGGCUAAUUGUAAGUUCAUCGACGAAGACAUUGUAGGGCAGAUCAGUCCCCUAGCAAGUGUAGGAGUGAUGUUGAUCAUGUUUGUUGGGUUCAGGUUAUUGGCUUACAUUGCAUUAAGACGUAUGAAGGUUUGAACGUUUUUUACAUAGCCACGUUAUUAGUAAUUUACUAUUACUCCCUCUGUCCGGAAUUAAUUAUCACGUUGACAUGCAUGGGUACGUAUUGUGACAACUAAAUCCUUACAGCGGGAGUACAUAUAUAUGAUCCGAUAGAUCCAUAAUCAUCUUUCAAUCCCGAGAAGAUUAUGGUUCGAGCUUUCGUCUUCACGAUGAUUGUCUGAUCAAGUUGUGGACAUCUAGCCUUGUGGGAAGCUGCAUGGUGUACUAGGAAGCUAACAAAUUCCAGUUUUCCCCCUUUAUUUUGAAAUGCAGUUUGUAAAGAUUUUUAGCAAAAGAGGCAUAACUGAAUGAACCCUCCAUUAUCAUAAUUGGAGUUGUAUUUUUUUUCCCCAAGUUUAUUAAAUGUAUAUAUACGGUAUUUAUACAAGUAUUUAUUAAUGGUAAUAAAGAGGAUUAAAUUUCACUUUGC